CAAGUUCCGGUUCCGCGGAUCCGCCAGUUCCGCCCUUGCCAAAGCCCGGCAUUGUAGUGAGCGGUACACGUGCAUUCAUACGUUUCUUGUUGCGGUAGCGAUGGACGCUUUGGAUCGAGUUGUAAAGCCCAAAACAAAAAGAGCCAAGAGAUUCCUGGAGAAGAGAGAACCGAAACUCAGUGAAAAUAUUAAAAAUGCUAUGCUGAUUAAAGGAGGAAAUGCAAAUUCAACAGUGACACAAGUUCUUAGAGAUGUGUAUGCACUGAAGAAACCAUACGGCGUCCUCUAUAAAAAGAAAAAUAUUACAAGACCGUUUGAGGACCAGACAUCAUUGGAAUUUUUUUCAAAGAAGUCAGAUUGUUCUUUAUUCAUGUUUGGAUCCCAUAAUAAGAAGCGGCCAAAUAACCUAGUAAUAGGUCGUAUGUAUGACUACCAUGUGCUGGAUAUGAUUGAAUUAGGUGUUGAGAAGUUUGUCUCUCUAAAAGAUAUUAAGAAUAGUAAAUGUCCCGAGGGAACAAAGCCCAUGUUAAUAUUCGCAGGUGAUGAUUUUGAUGUAACAGAAGACUACAGAAGGCUGAAAAGUCUUCUUAUUGAUUUCUUCAGAGGCCCCACAGUACCAAAUAUCCGCCUGGCUGGUUUAGACUAUGUUCUGCACUUCACUGCACUGAAUGGGAAGAUUUACUUUCGAAGCUAUAAGUUGCUGUUGAAGAAAUCUGGCUGCAGAACACCACGCAUUGAAUUGGAAGAGAUGGGACCCUCAUUGGAUCUGGUUCUGAGGAGGACACACCUUGCGUCAGAUGAUCUGUAUAAGUUAUCUAUGAAAAUGCCUAAAGCCCUCAAGCCAAAGAAGAAGAAAAAUAUCUCUCAUGAUACUUUUGGUACAACUUAUGGAAGGAUUCAUAUGCAGAAGCAAGACCUAAGCAAACUACAAACCAAGAAAAUGAAGGGGCUGAAGAAGCGACCUGCAGAAAGGAUAACAGAGGACCAGGAGAAAAAAGCAAAGAGAAUUAAAAAGAAUUGAUGGAACUUCA